GGCCGCGCGGCGCGAUCCCCGGAGGCGGCGGGAGAGGCCGCCCGAGCAUGGGGCGCUGCUGGGGCCGCCCCCCGGCCGGGCCCGCCGCGCCCCCGGGCUGAGCCCGCGGCGCGGCCUGUCGGGGCGGUCGGCGGCGUGAGGAGCCGCCGCCGCCGGUGAAUGGGCCCCGCCGCGGAGCCGGAUCCGGAGCAGCCGCCGCGAUGGCUCAGGAGAAAAUGGAGCUGGACCUGGAGCUGCCGCCGGGGAGCGCCCCGGCCCCGAGCGACGGGGGCGGCCUGAGGAGAUCCAACAGCGCCCCCCUCAUCCACGGCCUCAGUGACAAUUCGCAGGUUUUUCAGCCUUACGUGUUGAGAACCCGCAGGAACAGUACGACCGUUAUGAACCGUCACAGUAUGUUGCUGUCGUCCUCUCCUAUUCGUAUUCCUAGCAGCCGACUUCAUCAAAUCAGAAGGGAGGAGGGAGUUGACUUAAUGAACAGAGAAACAGCACAUGAAAGGGAAGUGCAAACAGCAAUGCAGAUAAGCCAGUCAUGGGAAGAAAGCUUGAGCCUGAGUGACAAUGACUUUGACAAGUCUGAGAAAUCUUCCUCCCCAAAGAGAAUUGACUUCAUCCCAGUUUCCCCAGCACCUUCACCCACCAGGGGAAUAGGAAAGCAAUGUUUUUCACCGUCCUUACAAAUGUUUGUGAGUAGUAAUGGAUUGCCUCCAAGUCCUAUUCCCAGUCCAACAAGGCGAUUCUCAAACAGGAGGAGUCAGAGUCCAAUCAACUGCAUCAGACCCAGCGUUCUUGGUCCCAUUAAAAGGAAAGGCGAAAUGGAAACUGAAAGUCAGCCAAAGAGACUCUUCCAAGGAACUACCAACAUGCUUUCUCCUGAUGUGACACAUCUGACUGAUCUCAGUUCAUGCCUAUCUUCUGAUAUUCUUGAUGGCAGUAGCAGCAGUGUUGGCUCUUCCUCUGAUUCACUAGCUAAAGGCAGCAUUACUACAGAAUCUCCAGUAACGUGCUCAAACUCAUGCUCAUCAUUUAUUCUGAUGGAUGAUCUCUCACCUAAGUGACUUAAUCAGUUCUGAGUCAGUGUUUGGCUGUGCUUUUUCCUUGCUGUACAUUUGUACAGAGAGAUGAACUCUGAUCCUUGAACCAUUAACAGGAGGAUUAAAAUACUACAUGAAAAAUUAUUCUAACUGUAUUCCUUGGCAACUCUUCUCAGUUUUGAUUUAUCCAUUUAAUGGACAUGCAUAGACCAUAUUAAUGUCUGGUUUUGAUGAUUUUAUUUUACAAACAAAAUGUAUGUUCAGACUGUACUAACUUUGUUUGCUUCCAAAAAGGCUGCAUACACUUCUAGAUUUCCAAAUAAGCACCUACAUUUGUGUGUUUAAUUUCUAGGAAAGUAACCACCUGCUGUCACUUAUCACAGUCACUUUAGUUGGAGAAAUACUUGGUGGUUGCAAAAAUAUAUAUUUUUUGGAAAUCCUCAUUUUUCAAGAGCAAUUUUUAGGAGUAAUUGAGAUUGAUUACUCUACGUUUUUAUUUCUUAAAAGUAAAUUACGUUUACGUGGGAGGGAUGUAUAUCCUAUUUCCCCAACUAAGUAGGUAAAAAAUUAUUCUCUCCACUUUUUCAGCCACUACCAGCCAUUUCUCCUGCAGAAAGAAGGAAAUGUUUAGUUUCCUCUACUGCUACUUGUCAUUUUUACAGCAGUUGAACACUAUGGUUCUAGAAGUUGCUUUUUUUGUAUUUAAAAAAAAAAACAAACCAAAACCCAUCCUCUAGGGUGACGAGCACAUCUUUUCAAUAGAGGAAAUACCGACUCCCUGUGAAACAUGGUUAACACAGCUGCAUAGUUCUCUCCCCAGACCCUUCAUCCUACAGACUGUAUAAAAUAUGGUCAACAAUCAGACAUUUGGCCAAGGAGAAAUAAUUCCUGCCUUGAACUAAGACUUAUGGUGCAAGUAACCAAGUUACUUAAACUACUGUGUAGAAGAAUGUGUGUGGCGCCAUCAAUGUCUCCUGUGGCAUUGAGGCCAUAGGUAUUUUUGUGCCUUAGGGGACAUUGCUACAAAAUUAAGGAAUGUAAACUAGAGGGGUGGGCGGGCAAAGGAUUUUGUGUAUGGAGUGCAUACCAGAUGUUGUCUUCAGUGCUGCUUUUCCUUAGUGCUCCUUUCCAAGGUGUGCAUUCCAGCGAGAGGUGUGGUCAGUGGUCCCAAUCGCUCUGAAACAGCGGCGUGUUUGCUACCCUUGAAGCUGCUGCUCAGCUUUAUGCCUUUGCCCGGCAGAGGGCAGACAACUGAGCUAAUGUUGAUUUCUGGGGGAAGGCCCUUGAGGUUGGAUUGGAUCCUGACUGCAUACUGUGUGUCUAAGGAGUUACGUGUGAGCUACAAGAGGUCUUGAUACAACACCUCGGUCAGCCGAGGUAAGACAAUACAUUUACUUUUUAAAGACUCAACUGGGCUAAAAAUAAAUCCAUUUGUAAUCUACUGUGUUAUGCUAUUUAUUAUUUAUAACUAUGUAAAAAAAGUCUGUGGUGAUGACUUAUAGUAUUUUUUUAUGAUUGAAUAAGUUUUUUAUGUUCAGUAAUAAUUGCUGGCUGGUCUGUAUUUAAUAUGCAACGUUGUCUGCCAGAAUCAUAAGCUUCCAUUUUUGAAUGUGUGUAAGUCAAAUGCUUUGCGUUCUCUAAAAGUACAAUUUCUAAUUUUGUUUUCCUUUUUUUUUUUUUUUUUUUUUUUUUUUUUUUUUUUUUUUUUUUUAAAGAAAAUAGCACUGAAUUUAAAGUAAGAUUAUGUGCUUUAAAGAUGAGCACAAUCUCUGGCAAUACUGUCUGACUAAGAAGGGGAGGGCGAGAACCAUAAUUUUUUUUUUUUUUUUUUUUUGGUUCUAAAGAUAAUGUUUAGUUUCCAGUAGCCUUGUCAUACAUAACAUUUUACUUUUAGAAGUGUUUAUUUUAAAUUGUAACAAGUACCAUAAUGAGCCAGUAGUGGCACUAUUAUCUGUAUUACCAUUUUCACCUGUGGAGCAUUAGUUUUCCCCACCUCAAAUAAAUGUGCAUAUUAUAAAAUAUUGUCCAGUGGUGCCAUUUUUAAACAAGUUCUACAGUAUUCAGUGUUAAUUUGAUUUGUAUAUGCACAGUGCUAUUUCUUGCAUUUUGGCUGUACCUUAGAUUGCUUUAACUAUUUUUUUUUUUUUUAAUCCACACGUACUUUGUCUCUGCCUUCAUUAUGUGUUAAAAGAAGGCUGUUUUUACAUUUGCAAAGUAUUGAUAGUCUGUGAAAGUUCAACUUGUUAUCCUUGCCCCUCUUUGGUUUCACCAUACUUUUAUUGGGACUGUGACUUAAAUCUACACAAGGGGCGACAGAACAAGUAACCUUUUGCAUGCUUUCUUACAAUGGAGAAGAACAACACUUGCUUAUUUUGGCUGACUUGCCUGUACAAUUUGAUGUAUUCAAGAUUUGUUUGUUAGUAGUGGGGAGUCUUAUAUAAAAUGCUGGCCUUUGUAAACAUUAGAAUGUAAGCUUCAUAAAACAAACGCACAACCAUUCAA